UUUGCCAUCAAGAGUGAUCGGUCAGCAGAGAUGCGACUAGAAAGGCCUCACUUACCCUCAGGUGGUGAACUUUCUACUCGUAAAGGUAGGCCACCAAGCUUCAUGUCAGUCAUCAGACAGCGAAUUGGUAGAAACUGGUGA